AUGUACCUGCCGCUUCAGCCCUACGGGUCUAUGAAAUGGGCAUGGUUAUCCAUUUCCCUGAGCUCACAGCGGUCCCUGCUGACUCCUCUCUUGCCCUCAGCCCCUGCCAGCGCCGUCCAGGUGACCGUGUCAGACCCCUUCCACGUGGUGAUCCUCUUCCAGCCUGUGACCCUGCCCUGCACCUACCAGCUGACCACGACCCCCACACCACCCAUCGUAAUCUGGAAGUACAAGUCUUUCUGCCGGGACCGAGUCGCUGACGCCUUCUCCCCAGCCAGCGUUGACAACCAGCUCAAUGCCCAGCUGGCAGCUGGCAACCCAGGCUACAACCCCUACGUGGAGUGCCAGGACAGCGCGCGUACCGUCAGGGUAGUGGCCACCAAGCAGGGCAAUGCUGUGACCCUGGGAGAGUACUACCAGGGCCGCAGGAUCACCAUCACAGGAAAUGCCGACCUGACCUUUGACCAGACGGCGUGGGGGGACAGUGGUGUAUAUUACUGCUCCGUGGUCUCGGCCCAGGACCUCCAGGGAAACAAUGAGGCCUACGCAGAGCUCAUCGUCCUUGGCAAUUCCUCAGGGGUAGCUGAGCUCUUACCUGGUUUUCAGGCGGGGCCCUUGGAAGACUGGCUCUUCGUGGUCAUAGUCUGCCUGGCAGUGUUCCUCGUCUUCCUUCUCCUGGGCAUCUGCUGGUGUCAGUGCUGCCCGCACACCUGCUGCUGUUAUGUCAGAUGCCCCUGCUGUCCCGAGAAGUGCUGCUGUCCCGAGGCCCUGUAUGCCGCCGGCAAAGCAGCCACCUCAGGCGUCCCAAGCAUCUAUGCCCCCAGCACGUACGCCCACCUCUCCCCUGCCAAGACCCCGCCGCCACCAGCCAUGAUUUCCAUGGGCCCUGUCUACAACGGGUACCCCGGAGGGUACCCCGGAGACUUCGACAGGAAUAGCUCAGUUGCCGGCCACAGCUCCCAGGUACCCCUGCUUCGUGACACAGACAGCAGUGUGACCUCUGAAGUCCGUAGCGGCUAUAGGAUUCAGGCCAGUCAGCAGGACGACUCCAUGCGCGUUUUGUAUUACAUGGAAAAAGAGCUGGCCAACUUUGACCCCUCUCGACCUGGCCACCCCAACGGCCGUGUGGAACGGGCCAUGAGUGAAGUCACCUCCCUCCAUGAGGACGACUGGCGAUCCCGGCCUUCCCGGGGCCCUGCCCUCGCCCCCAUCCGGGAUGAGGAGUGGGGUCGCCAUUCCCCCCGGAGUCCCAGGAAGUGGGAGCAAGAGCCCCUCAGGGAGCAGCCAGGAGCUGGCUGGCGGGCAGGGCGGCCCCGCGCCCGCUCUGUGGACGCUCUGGAUGACUUUGCCCGGCCAGGCUCGGCCGAGUCAGGGAGCAGGUCCCCCCCAGGCAGUGGGAGGAGAGGCCGGGCUUGCGCACCCCCACGAAGCCGCAGCCGCGAUGACCUCUACGACCAAGACGACUCCAGGGACUCCCCGCACGCCCGGGAUCCCCCCUACGACGACUUCCGGCCCAGGGACCGCCCUCAUGCGGACCCCAGGCCCCACUACCACCGGUCCCGGGACCCUCGGGACAAUGGCUCCAGGUCCGGGGACGCCCAGUAUGACAGGCGGCUGCUAGAAGAGGCCUUGAGGAAAAAGGGGUCAGGGGACAGGAGGAGGCCUUGCAGAGAGGAAGAGGAAGAAGCGGAGGCCCGCUAUCCUCCAGCACCCCCCCCUUACUCCGAGACCGACUCCCAGGCGUCACGAGAGCGGAGGCUCAAGAAGAACUUGGCCCUGAGUCGGGAGAGUUUAGUCGUCUGACCUCGGGCUUUGUCUGUAGCUUUUGUACUUUUUUUCUUAAUUUGAGGGAGUGUUGGUGAAGCUCUUCCCCUCCCGAGUCUAAUAAAACUUAUAAUCACACGG